UGACCUGGUUUAUUAUCUCUAUCUCAAAAUUCUUAAGUCCUUUUUUGUUCUUAGUUUAUCCGUUAAAUGCUUCUCCCUCUGAGAAAAUUUCAAACUCCAUUGUCGAUCUAUUUUUUCUUAGUAGGUAGAUUCCCGGGAAAACGAAGCAAAGUGCAAGAAAAGUAGAGCAUUAGUCUUUUUGAUUAUUUAAAUUCCUCUGAAAUUUUCAAAAACUCCUUUAAUAAAAAAAACGGCAGCGUCAAAGGGCUUGUUAAUUGAUUCUCACCGGAGACGACGAACUUGCCCCAAAAAAUUCCAUCCUCCAAACAUAACCUAAUCCUGGCUCCGGAAUCACUCUUCUUCGAGUUGCAUUCAAACGAGCAAAACCCUAGAAGCUAGUCUUCGUCGGAGAUUUUUCUUUUUCCGAUGAGGACAAGCGGUGACGUUUAUGGAGCAGAUGCUGGUUCUUCAAGAAGCGAUGAAGAUAGAGGGUUUAAGGAGGAUCUCAAUGAACCCGCUAGCCCGAUGAGAAAUCGCCAGGAAGAUUCGAAUUCACGACCUGGGUCUCAGAGAUCCGUCAAGAGCUUGAGAAAAGAAGAAGAGACUGAUUCAGAUUCUUCUUCUUCUAAGACCAGAAACAACCCAGUUCAGUACACAGAUAAACAACAAGCCGAGCUUUUGAGGAAGCUUGAUUCUAUUAAAGAUCAUCUUCUCCGUGGUGGAGGUAAUGCUAAUGUCGCUGAUCAGCCACCACCACCAAUGGGUUUCCAUGGUCAUGGUCCUCCUUCUUAUUACAAUCCAUACCCUGAGCCAUUUCCUUAUGGAAUGUAUCCUACCGCGAGUAACCCGCCUCAUGUUCCAGCUUAUAGAGACCCUUAUGGAUUCCCAGUGCAUAGAGUACCUCAAAACUUUUAUCAAGGACCAGGUCAUUACCCUAAUCAGAUGCCGCCUCGUCCUCCAUAUCCUCAAGGACAGUAUGUAGACAUUGGUUCUGAUAUACUUGACACCCAGUUACAGGAUCCUAGAUUCUUUCCGGGUACGCCGAGUAGGUACGGUGAUGUCCCAUUAAGCCCGACUAAGCACCACGGUGAGAAAGUUGGACCCUUUAGUCCACAUGCUGGUGUUCAAGGUCAUCACACGAGGUGGCCUAGUGAUAUUGAUUCUGAUAUGGGUGGUGCUUUUGCUCGUGGGUAUGUUCAAAAAACUGUGUCGGAUACUGAUUCACGUCGUUACCAUCCUCUAGCAGGCGGUGCGCCUUUUAUUGCUUGUCAUAAUUGCUUUGAGCUGCUCUAUGUGCCUAAGAAGAAGCUUCUUGGUCAGGAAAGGCAACAAAAGCUGCAAUGUGGUGCUUGUUCUGAGGUUAUCAGUUUCAAAGUUGUUGAUAAGAAGCUUGUUUUCUCCUCUUCUGCCCUGGGGGAAACUACGAACCGGGUUUCUGUAGAGGUUGAAGAUAGAAGCGCACGAAACGCUGUGGUAGAUGAUUAUCCACUUAAGGAUGAAGAAAUAAGAAUACACCAGGAAACGAAAAUUGUCCAUGCUGGAUUGCGUAGUGAACACUCAGACGAUGAAGACAGGUCAAGCAUUUCUAGUAGGCCGCAGAAACAGGUCGUCAAGUCUGUUCGCAGCAGAGCCCAAGGCGCAAAGGUUUCUCCUCCUCCUCCUCCUCCUGAAAAGUCCAAUCUUCUUGAGCUCUUUGAGUAUUCUAAUGUAAACCGAGCUGCAAUCACUUACGGAAUGGCGCAGUUAGGGUACAAUAAGCAAGAAUCCUACAUGAAACAAGACUCGCUAAAAUCAGAAUCAGUAGCUACUGAGACAGAUGUUUCUUAUAAUGAAUACUAUAAUAACACUGAGGAGUCUGAAGAUUCAAGGAUCUCAAAAGCCAACAAAGAAGAGAGAAGACCAAGAAACCGAAAGCAGAGUAGUGAGUACAGUUUCCCAGAGGUCACAAAUAAAAUCAGCUCUAACGACCAAAACGACGAGCAGUUAGAGGUUUGGGUGAACGGGCAUCUGAUACCGGAAGAUCUGGUUAUCAGCGCUGAGAAACAAGCUGGACCAGUUCAAGCUGGCAAAUACUGGUAUGAUUACCGUGCUGGGUUCUGGGGAGUGAUGGGAAAUCCGUGUCUCGGUAUAAUACCACCAUUUAUCGAAGAGUUUAGUCGUCCAAUGCCGGAUAACUGCGGCGCAGGAAACACGAGUGUGUUUGUAAACGGAAGAGAGCUUCACGAGAGAGAUCUAGAUUUACUUUCAAGAAGAGGUCUUCCUCGAGGCAAGAAUCGUUCUUACAUCAUUGAUAUAUCAGGAAGAGUUCUUGAUGGAGACUCUGGUGAAGAACUUAAGAGCCUCGGCAGAUUAGCUCCAACGGUUGACAAGGUUAAGCAUGGAUUUGGCAUGAGAGUUCCAAGAUCAUUAGUUUCAUGAAGCUUCAUCAGCUUGAUUCCAGCCUCCUUGGCUUCCAAUCUUGGAUUAAAAUGUAAAUUGUUGUUUGUUUUAUAUUGUGACCCAAAACUUCUUUUCUAUUCCGUUUUUGGGUUUAGUUUCUUUCUUUUUGGGGUCUCUACUCUACAAUGUUUCUAUUCUUUCUCUUACUUUUUUUUUUGCUAAAAGAUCAACCAUAUGGUUUCUAUCUUGUGAUCUGGUUUAUGUAAAUUGAUUAUUUUUUAUUGUGGAUGAAAUAUUAUUUGUUUGGUUUU